UAGAUUCUCCAGCACUCUUCGCCAGCUAAAAGUGUUGUUUAGCGGGAAAUGCUACUUGGCCGGGUAACCACACAGCGAAGCUCAAAUAAUCGCUUGCAGCACAUAACCACCCACGUGUUCUCUUCUCCCAACAUUUCAACGCCUCAAAUCUCUAUUCCCUUGUUCUCACACACCCGACCCUCAAGCUUCGAAGCCAUAUCACGAAAUCCGAAACGUCCAAUGGCGACUUUAAGCCAAUCUUCCCCUCUGCCGCCAGCUUCUCAAGCGCCCGACUGGGACUCUUUCUGGGCAGGCAAAAAUACAACCUGGGAUCGUGGAGGCUCCAAUCCCGCAUUCAUGGAUUUCCUGCGCGCACCAUCUAACCCUCCACUUUCAUCCGACGCCAAUCCUACGCCUGGUGCGCCGGAACCGGGUGUCUAUGAACACACGGAGGAGGUGCGAUUGCCGGUACCGGUCAAAGAGGAUGGUACUAGGCGGAAGGCGCUGGUACCUGGGUGUGGGACGGGGUACGAUGUAGCGCUGCUGGCGAGUUGGGGGUAUGACGCGUAUGGUUUGGAAAUCUCAAAGCAUGCGGUUGAUGAGGCGAAUGCGUAUUUAAAGCAUUCGAGGGAAAGAGUGUCAGAAGGGGAGUAUAGUGUCAAGGACGAGAAGAUUGGGCAGGGUAGCGUGCAGUGUUUACUGGGAGAUUUUUUCGACGAUGCGUGGGUGCGCGAAGCUGGCAGUGUAGAAGCAUUCGACCUCAUCUAUGACCAUACGUUCUUGUGUGCCCUUCCGCCAUCACUCCGUCCACGCUGGGCAGCACGAACAAAGUCUUUACUUUCCCCUACCGGUAUCCUCGUCUGCAUGGAAUUUCCCACGCACAAACCUGCAUCUGCGGGUGGCCCGCCAUGGUCGCUCCCGCCUACCGUUCAUGUGGAGCUGCUCAAGCGACCAGGAGAGGAACUGACAUAUGACUACAAUGGUGUGGUAGCCACCACGGGUAGAGACGAGAGCGAAGAUGCUCUGGUGCGGAUUGCACACUGGACGCCGAAGAGGUCACAUACUAUAGUAGAAGGUAUCGUCAGAUGCUGUGUAAGCGUGUGGCGGCACAAGAGAUAGGCUUAGACUCUAUUAAAGCCGCAUCCUAAGCUA